AUGGGCCAGUUCAAAUAUUGGCUAGGGACGUUGCAAGCUCCCACCGAGCCUGGACUGACAACUGCCGAAUUGAUGUUGACCAACGAUGACCUUCGACCAGUCGAACCAGAGCGCCGUCAAUGGAAAUGGCUCAAUUUCGUUGCUUUUUGGAUCGCAGACUCUUUGAACGUGGUUGUUGGGGACCGAAGCGCUCACACAUCACCAUCUUUUUACCAGAACACAUGGAUGAUUUCAUCUUCAAUGAUAGUUGAUGGACUGUCCUGGUGGCAGUCUUGGCUAUGCGUGUGGAUUGGCUACAGUCUUGCCGCGAUAUUCGUUUGUCUGCUGGGUCGUAUUGCCACAAUUUAUCGAAUCCCCUUUGCUGUCACAAACCGAGCCUCAUUUGGAAUAUGGGGCUCUUUCUGGCCUAUUCUCAACCGAGCAGGUAUGGCUGUGAUAUGGUAUGGAGUACAAACAUAUCUUGGAGGCGAAUGCGUGACAUUGAUGAUCCAAGCUAUCUGGCCAAGUUACGCAUAUCUCCCCAACACUAUGCCCGCCAAUGCGGGGGUGACGACGAAGCAGUUCGUCAGCUUCUUCCUGUUCUGGCUGGGAUCUCUUCCUGCACUGUGGUUCCCAAUCUACAAGAUUCGGCAUCUGUUCACGGUGAAGGCGUACUUUUCACCAGCAUGUGCCAUCGCCUUUUUUGGUUGGGCGAUUGCUCGCGCCCACGGACUUGGCCCCAUCAUGACUCAGUCUAAUACCGCCCAUGGCAGUGCACUUGCCUGGGUAUUUGUCAAGAGUAUUAUGAAUUGUAUCGCCAAUUUUGCUGCCUUGGUGAUCAAUAAUCCUGACUUUGCGCGAUAUGCAAGCAAGCCAAAGGAUGCCCUGUGGCCUCAAUUAAUCACUAUUCCAGUAGGAUUUGCAGUCACUUCCUUUAUUGGAAUUGUUGUAUCCUCCUCUGCAACCGUCAUCUUCAACCAAUCUGUCUGGAACCCUUUGACUCUCUUAGGAAUGUUUUUAGAAGAUGCCAGCUCGGCAGAGAGAUUCGGGAUCUUCGUCAUCGCCAGUGGCUUUGCUUUGGCGCAGCUUGGUACGAACAUUGCUGCCAACUCGGUAUCUGCAGGCACUAACUUGACUGCUUUGCUGCCACGAUUCUGUACAAUCAGACGAGGAGGUUAUAUUUGUGCAGCCAUUGGGCUUGCUAUGUGCCCCUGGACACUGGUUGCGUCGUCUAACAAGUUUACUCUCUACCUCUCCGCGUACUCCGUUUUUCUAUCAGCAAUUGCCGGUGUCAUGGCCAGCGACUACUACUUAGUACGCAAGGGCUAUCUCGACAUCGAAGAUUUAUACAGUGCGCGCAAGGAUGGCGCCUAUUACGGAAUUUACGGAGUCUCAUGGCAUGGGUAUGCAGCCUACUUUUGCGGCAUUCUGAUCAACAUUGUUGGUUUUGCAGGUGCCGUAGGGGUCAAUGUGCCGCAGGGGGCGGUAUACAUUUACAACAUCAACUACUUUUCUGGGUUCAUUGUAUCGGGAGCAGUUUAUUGGCUUCUCGCCAAACUAGUCCCUCUUCCUGCAACGAGUGAGAAGUGGAAUGAAGUCCCUUACGAGAUGCGUCUGGAUGUCGAUGACGAGAAGAAAGUGGAGGAAGCCUGA